AUGUACGAAGGGAUUGACAACCUGAAAUCCCUUUACGACUGUGCCGGAAAGACUUUCUCCGGCGGUCCUUCUGAGGCACAGGAUGUGCCGCGUCGUACUGCUCGACCAAACCCAGUACGUCAACCAUCAGUUGGGAGCGGGGCUCCCAAGUAUCCCAGGACGGGGGAUAGCCGCGCCACCGGACGAGAUAACUCGUCCGACGUCCGUUCACGUCGCGGUGGUUCAACAGCUGCUCAACCAGAUAGCGCUGGCCACCGCGAGAGUCCUCUAAUGGAGGUGCAGGAGGAGGGAAGACGCUCUCCACACAAUCGUGGGGAAGCGUGCGUUCCCGAGAGCUUCUUUGAUCGCGUAACGCAAGGGCUACGCGGCGAUCUCGAACAUGAGCGGGACAGGCGCCUCCAAAUCGUGGACACUGUCUCGAAGCAUCGAGCUGAGUUUGCCUUUGCUCAGCUUGAGAACGAGAGAGCUCUGACAUCUCUUCGUGAGGAGCUAAGGGUAGCUCGUGGGAUUGUUGAUCGUUCUCGGCCUGAGAUAACUGCUCUUCAGACCCUUGUCGAUGCCCAUCAUCGAGAGCACAAGGCUCUCUGCGAGAUGCUUGAGCGCAAGGGCGUUCUUCAUCGGAAGAAGCAGCGUACUGAUGGUACGGCUUAA